AGGAGCCGCGACCCCCCUGUAACGGGGGAUGUCUCUUGGGCCUCAGCUGGGUCCUCUGAUUUCCUGUUGUCGCCACACCCGCCCGCUGUUUCUGCAGCCCCGGAUGCGCGCCCUGGGCCUUGUGCACCGUUACACCGGGACACUGAGGCCCGUAAUGCAAUUCUGUUGAAGUGACCCCGUCCCUGGUAUGGAAGCCCGCGGGACCCGUCCCGGUCUCCAGCUUCUCCAAUAUUGCCGCUUUGUCCACAAGGUCCCAGAAUGGCGGCGGCGCUGAGGGACCGGGCGCAGUUCAGGGGACAAAGCACAACUUGAGACCACAGAGCCAACUGCUCCUGAGCUGAUCUCAUCUGAGGAAGCCUCAGUCCAGGGGCAACUGACACAGGGAGCCUCCAGGGACUCCCAUCUGUGGUGAGACAAGGGUCAGGAAGGGCCACCAGAAAUGCAGAAUGAACACUUGAGAUCAGGGAUAGACCCCCAGAAGGAGCAGCUGCCUGGGAGAAUGAGCCCUGAACAUGACGGUUUGGGGACAGAUGAUGGUACAUGUUCAAGGAUAAUACAGGAACCAGUCUCUCCAGGAGAUGCUCUUCACGAUAGUGACUCACAUGGACCUGCUAAAAACGCCACGACUCAUGAAGAGCGAAAUCCCUAUAUUUGUAAGGAAUGUGGGAAAGCGUUUAAUAAGAGACACCUCCUUAUGAAACAUGAGCAGAUUCACUCUGGAGUGAAGCCCUUUGAGUGCACAGAGUGUGGGAAAACUUUUAGCAAGAGCACAACCCUCCUUCAACACCACAUCAUCCACACUGGGGAGAAGCCCUACGAGUGCACAGAGUGUGGGAAGGCCUUCAACCAAAGGGCACACCUUACGCAGCACCAGCGGAUUCACACUGGGGAGAAGCCCUAUGAGUGCAGUGAAUGCGGAAGGGCCUUCACUCACCACUCCACUUUCGUCUUGCACAAGAGGAGCCACACAGGGGAAAAACCUUUUGAGUGCAAGGAGUGUGGGAAAGCCUUUCGUGAUCGGCCUGGCUUCAUUCGACACUACAGCAUCCACACUGGAGGGAAGCCCUAUGAGUGCAUUGAGUGUGGGAAGGCCUUCAACCACAGGUCAGAACUUACACGGCACCAGCGGAUUCAUGCUGAGAAGAAACACUAUGAGUGCCUUGAGUGCGGGAAGGCCUUCAACUACAGGUCACACCUUGCACAGCACCAACGGAUUCACACUGGGGAGAAACCCUAUGAGUGUACAGAGUGUGGGAAGGCCUUCAACCAAAGGGCACACCUUACGCAGCACCAGCGGAUUCACACUGGGGAGAAGCCCUAUGAGUGCAGUGAAUGUGGAAAGACCUUUGCCCAUCUCUCCACUUUUGUCUUGCACAAGAGGAGCCACACAGGAGAAAAACCCUUUGAGUGCAAGGAGUGUGGGAAAGCCUUUCGUGAUCGGCCAGCCUUAUUUCGACACUACAGCAUCCACACUGGAGAAAAGCCCUAUGAGUGCAGUGAGUGUGGGAAGGCCUUCAACCGCAAGUCACACCUCACUCAGCACCAAAGGAUUCAUACUGAGAGAAAAAGACAUCCCUAUGUAUGCAAGGAAUGCGGGAAAACGUUUAACAAGAAAUAUCUCCUUGCUCAACACGAGCGGAUUCAUUCUGGAGUGAAGCCCCAUGAGUGCACAGAGUGUGGGAAAACUUUUAGCAAGAGCACAAACCUCCUUCAGCAUCACGUCAUCCACACUGGGGAGAAGCCCUAUGAGUGCACAGAGUGUGGGAAGGCUUUCAGCUUCAGGUCACACCUUACACGGCACCAGCAGUUUCACUCUAGGGAGAAGCCCUUUGAGUGCACAGAAUGUGGGAAGGCCUUCAGCCACAGGUCACACUUUGCACAGCACCAACGGAUUCACAGUGGGGAGAAGCCCUAUGAGUGCACGGAGUGUGGAAAGGCCUUCAGCCGUAGUUCAUACUUUGCACGACACCAGUGGAUUCACACUGAGGAGAAGUCCAAUAAGUGCACUGAGUGUGGGAAGACCUUCAGCCGUAGGUCACACCUUGCACGGCACCAGCGGAUUCACACUGAGGAGAAGCCCUAUGAGUGCACAGAGUGUGGGAAGGCCUUCACCCAGAGCGCACACCUUGCACAGCACCAACGAAUUCACACUGGGGAGAAGCCCUAUGAGUGCAGUGAAUGUGGAAAGACCUUUGCCCAUCUCUCCACUUUCGUCUUGCAUAAGAGGAGCCACACAGGAGAAAAACCCUUUGAGUGUAAGGAGUGCGGGAAAGCCUUUCGUGAUCGGCCAGCCUUCAUUCGACACUACAGCAUCCAUACUGGGGAGAAGCCCUAUGAGUGCAUCACAUGUGGGAAGGCCUUCAACCGCAAGUCACACCUCACUCAGCACCAAAGAAUUCAUACUGGGAGAAGCCCUAUCAGUGUGACAGAUGUGGGAAGACCUUUCAUAAGUGAGCAAACUUCAGUCAACAUCCAAGGACUUCUUUUGGGGACAGACUCUUUAAAUGUAACCACUGAGGAAAAUCUUUGGCCAGAGAAACCGUCUUACUCAACAUCUGAUCGUUUAUACCAAAGCGAGAGCUCACAGGGGUCAUCCCUGUGAGAAAGUGUUGUGUCACAAAACUUAGACUUGUCAUCUAAGAGCCAUAUUAGAAAUUGAGCUGUCUAGAGUCUGACUCUACAUCUGAAAAUUCAUCCAGGAGAGAGACCCACUGGUCAUUGUUCACUUACGAAAAUCUUCAGCCACAUCUUUCUUAGUUUACUCUGCAGCGUUAUCUCAGGAAUAUUUAAACCAAGAAUGAGAGGCAGAUGUUGCACUCCACUGGACCAGAUUCGAUUCCCAAAAAACAGGCGGUUAAAGCUAUGGUGAUCAGACAAGGCUUUAUCAGGAAAUUUACUUACAAAGGUUGAUGUCAAGAAUCUUGCAAUGGGCAGUGAAGCCUCAAGUGUCACCCGUGUAGAAGUCCACACACAAUGGCGAGGGGUGGGUAUUUAUAUAAAUCAGUGCUCAUGUGCAAGGAUUCAUGCAGGGGAGCCUCAUCUGUGAUAGAUGGGAUUGUUUUUGUACUAGUUAAUGGUCUCCAUUGAUGUUCCCAUGAAGUCAAGUAUUUGGUGUAUUUUUUCCUGGCCCAGGUCACUGUACAGUGAGUACUCUUGUCUCUCCCAGAGCUCUCUGUGGCCAGGACCCUUCUGUAUUGUUCAAGGCCCUCUCAGCAGAGGAAACAGAAGAAAAAGGAAAUGGAAACAGAUUUUUUCAGAGUUCCCUGCCAAGCUUAUUACAUUUUGUCAUUGAUUCCUUAUUUAAGAGUAGGAUAGUAUUAUUUCUCAGGAAAAAAGGCCUCAGGCCUGUUAUAUGUUCACUGCUAUCCCUCGCCAGUGGAGUUUAUCAGUUAAGGGCAGGUCUGAAACGAUUUCUUAAAAGCUUUUGUUCUACAACGUUGUCCUAUCCUUGAGGUACAUAAAUCUUUGAGAAAUAUGAAGGCUUAAGUCAUGAAAAUAGUUUAUAUCUAAGGAGGUAAGGAUACACAUACAAGUGGAUGUAUUUUAUUGCACCAGUUAAGACUUUUUAAUGCUUUGAUUUAAAAAAAAAUUGUUUCUUCAUGUAGUUCCAGUUGCACAACAUUCAUACUUUUUUUGGAUCCUAAUUUAUUUAUUUUUUUCUUUUUCCUUUUGUGGCAAGUGGAUGAUAGUGGAGCUGUAUGACCUUCCUAGGUGAGUCUUAAUUCUUUACUGUCGCCAGGGUUUCUCAGCUUUUUUAAUCCUCUGUAGAGAGAUUUCUCCAAGUCUACCUUGACAGUUUUCCAGGGGUUGGAUUACAGCUAAAACAAAGCACAUAGCUAAAUUAAGUUAAAGGAUCAUGAUAAGCUAAGAAAAACACAGAGAUGGAAUUGUCUUUUUCAUCUGAAUGAAAGAUUGUGUGAAGAUGUGCGUUAAAGUAAAAUGACUGGAACUUUAGCCAGUGUACCAGGCUGUGUACAUGCAAGUAUAUGUGGGUAUCACAAUCACCACCAUGGACUUGGUUCCCUGGUGCUGUCAAUAGUUAGGGAAUUUUAGAAUUCCUUCAUUUGAUCUUUUUUUUAAGCUAUAUUCGGUAAUCAUUGUUAUCACAUGUUAAAAAAUACAUUGUACACAUAGGUUAAAAAAUAAAUGUGUAGUUUUGCACUGCCAUUGUGGACAGAAGCCAUUCUGUGUGAUUUACACUGUCUCAUUAUUGUGAGUGUACCUCCAAGUCUGACAACUCUGCUAAGACCUUGACCCCAAAUAUUUUCUCCCUGUGUUUUCUUCUAAAAUGUUUACAGUUUUACAGUUAAAUCUCUGAUCCAUUUUGAGUGAGAUUUUGUAUUAUAGUGUGAGUUUUAGGCGAAUUAUUUAUUUAUUUAGGUCGAUGGAUAUUCAGUUGUUUCAUCACUAUUUGUUGAAAAGCCUAUUCUGUCUCCAUUGAAUUGCUUUUGCCCCUUUGUCAAAAAUCAGUUGGGCAUAUUCUGUUUUUUUCUAUACUGUUCCAUCGAUAUGUGUGUCUAAACCUCUGCCAGUACCAUAGUGUAACUAUCCAGUACAUCUUAAAAUUGUGUGAAGUAAUUCCUUCUGUUUAAUCUUCUUUUUUAAAAAGUUGAUUUAGCUAUCCUAGUUCCUUUGGCUUUCCAGAUAAAUUUUUUAAUGAGUUUGUCUGUAUUCCUAAAAAAUUGUUCUAGAAAUUCAUCUUUUCUCAUUUAAGCAUUUAGUGCUAUUCAUUUCUCUCUUAGCACUGUUUUAGGCCAUCCCAUGGUUUUUCAUUCAGAUACAUAUAUUUCUUGAUUUUUUUUUUCAGACAUUUCUUUUCUGACCCAUGGAUUAUUUAGAAUUAUGUUGUUUAAUUGUCAAGUGUUUGGUGAAUUUUCUGAAAUCUCUCUGUUACCGAUUUAGAGUUUGUUUCACAUUUGGUCAGAAUUCACACUCAGUGUGAUUUCAACACUUUCAGAUUCAUUGAGGUUUGCUUUGUGACUCAGGAUAUGAUCUCUUUUGUUGAAUGUUCCAUGGGUUAAUAAGGAUGUGAAUUCUUUUGUUCGAUGGAGUGUUCUGUAAAUGUCUCUGAGAUCCUGUUGGUUGAUGGUGUUAUUCAGAUUUUCCAUUCUAUUGCAGAUUUCCUGUCUAGAAUUUUUAUUAAUUGCUGAGACAGGUGUGUUUGUAAUUUGGAAUUGUCUAUUCAUCCUUUAAGCUCUAUCAGUUUUUGUUUCAUGUAUCUCAAAGCUUUGUUCUUUGAUGCAGACACAUUUAGGACUGCUGUGCCUUCUUCGUGUAUUGACCCUUUUAUCAUUAUGUAAUAUCCCUUUUGUCCCUGUUAAUGUUCUUCUCUCUAAAAUAUAUUUUACCUGAUAUUAAUAUAGCCACUCUCGAAUUUUUUUAAAUCAAUGUUUGCAUGGUUUACCCUUUUCUAACCUUUUAUUUUAAACCUACUUACCUUCCUGAAAUCCCAAGUCAUCUUCUGUUAAUGUUUCCUUUUUCUUUGAAGAUCUUUCUCUAUUCUUUUAGGGUAGGCCCACUGGUGACAGAUGUUCUUAAUUUUCCUUCAUCUAAGAUGGUCUUUGUUUCCCCAUCAUUCUGCCAAUCCAUCUUUUAAUUGUUAAAUUCACUCCAUUUCCAUUUGAAGUAAUUAUUGAUAGAAAACCCACCACCAUCAAGUCGAUUCCAACUCAUAGCAACCCUGUAGGACAGAGUAGAACUGCGUUAUAGGGCUCCCAAGGCUCUAAAUUUUUAUGGAAGCAGACUGCCACAUCUUUCUCCUGCAGAGCGGCUGGUAGGUUCCAACCACUGACCUUUGAGUUAACAGCCAAAUGCUUUAACCACUGCGCCACCAUGGCUCCUUAAUUAUUGAUAUAUUAGGGCUUAAAUCCACCAUUUUAUGUUUUUUGUUUGUUCCCUAUGUUUUUUUUUUUUUCUUUUCGGUUUACUUGAAUGGUUUUUAAAAUUCCAUUUCGAUUUUUCUCUAAUUUUGUUAUUGACUGUAUCUUUUUGUGUAAUUUUUUUUUCAGUGAUGUUUUUUCUAGGUAUUACAAUGCACAUAUGUAACUUAUCAGUCUACUUGAAUCAACAUUUUAGCAAUUUAAUGAACUAUUGAAAUCUUAUUUGCAUUCAGUCCUUAAACUCCCCAUUCUUUCCAUAAAAUUAUCUUGGUAUUUACUCUUCAUAUAUUGAGUAAACAUAUUCAUGUUAUAAAUUAUAAUAUAUCCAGUGAUGUUAUAAUUUUUUAAUCAAUUUUCAAACAUUUUAAAACUCACGCAGAGGAAAGUCUGUUUACCUCUACUUUUACCCAAUCUGUCAUUCUUUCUUCCUGAAGUCCCAAGAUAUCUUUUGUUAAUGUUUCCUUUUUCUUUGAAGAUCUUUAUCUUUCUUCUAGGGUAGGCCCACUGGUGACAAAUAUUCUUAGUUUUCCUUCAUCUGAGAUUGUCUUUCUUUUCCCACCAUUCCUGAAGGAUGUUUUUGUAUUAUGUAGGGUUAGGUUUGACGGUUCUUUUCUUUUGGCAUUAGAGAAAUGUUGUGCCCCUUUCUUCUGGUCUCCAUGGUUUCAUAUGAGAAACCUGCUGCCAUUUGAACUGUCAUUCCCUUACAGGUAAUACAUUAUUUCUGUCUAUAUACUUUCAAUUUUUGUUCUUUGUCUUCACUAUUCAGAAUUUUGAUUAUCAUGUGCUGUGGUGUGGGUUUUUUUUUUUUUUUCCUUUAUUUUAUUUGGGGUUGUAUCAGUUUCCUAGGACUGCCGUAACAAAAUAUCAUAAACUAGAUGGCAUAUGAGAAAAUAAAUUUACUGUCUCACAGUUCUGCAGGCUAGAAGUCCAACUUAACAUGUUGCCUAGGCCAUGCUCCUUCCAAAAUUUCUAGGGGAAGAUCCUUUCUUGUCUCUUCCAGGUUCUGAUAGCUCCAGACAUUCCUUGCUUAUAGAUGCUUGUUCACAUGGGCAUCCUUCCUCUUUCUGUUUCCCCCUGUCUCUUCUCUCUUGUAGGAACACCACUCAGAUUGGACUAAGACCCACUCUACUCUGGCUGGAGUACCAGUCAGCAGAGGUCACCCUGUCCUGUGCAGUGGAGCCAGUGGGGCCUGCCCCAGUCACCAGCCUCUCCAGUAUUUGCCACUUUGUCCACAGUGUCCCACGAUGGCAGUGAUGCUGAGCAACCUGGCACAGAAAUUCCUGUGUCCUCUUCUUCUCCAUGAACGGGGUGUCCUGUGCCCAAACCAGAGCUUAUCUCCGAGCUGGAGCUCAGGCAGGAGCUAUGGGCUAUGAAGAAAGAUCUCUCCCUAAGCACCAUUCCAGGCCCAUUUGUGAACUUCCUCUGCACCAGACCAUGGAAACCAUCCUUGCCGAAGCCACUGCUGUGAUUCUAAUUGCCAAAUAAAACAAUGACGAUAAUGAUGAAGGGUACUGAACGCUCACAGCCUGCCAGGUGACUGUGAAGAGCUUCAGACAACAGAGCCUACCACUUGUCACCAAGCUUUGUCUGAGGCAGUCUCACUGCAGGAACAGUUGUCACAGGGAGCCUCAAGGAACUCCAGGUUGGAGCAAGCCAUGGAUCAAGAGGAGCCACAAUAUACAGGAAGGGGACUUCAGGCCAAAGACCCAGAGGAGAUACUCCCUGGAAACAUAAACCCUGAACAUGAUGGCAUGUGGACAGAUGAAAGCGUCCUUUCAGGGAUUGUAUAGGGGCGAGUCUCUCCAGGAGACACUGUCCUUAAAUCUGACGUAGGUGGAUUCAGGUAAAGAUCCUUCAGUACACAAAGAGAAAAAAUCCCUGUAAAUGCAGGAAAGUGCUUAAUAAGAACUGCCUCCUUGUUCAGCAUAAGCAGAUUCAAUGUGGUGUAAAGCUCUGUAACCACACGGAGUGUGGGAAAAUCUUUAGCAAGAGUACACUCCUCCGACAACACCACAAGGUCCAUACAAGGGAGAAGUUCUAUGAGUGCAUCGAGUGUGGGAAGGCCUUAACUCAUAGUUCACACCUUGUAUAACUCCAGUAGAUUUACACUAGUAAAAAGCUCUAUGACUGUACAGAGUGUGGGAGGAUCUUCAGCAAGAGAACAUACCUUUCAAAGCACUAGCAGAUUCACACAGGGGAGAAACCCUAUGAGUGCACAGAAUGUGGCAAGGCUUUCAGCCACAGGUCACACUUUGUACAGCACCAGUGGAUUCACCUUGGAGAGAAGCCCUAUGAGUGCAUCAGGUGUGGCAAGGCCUUCAGCCACAGGUCACAUUUUGUACAGCAGCAGCGGAUUCACCUUGAGGAGAAUCCAUAUGAGUGCACAGCGUGUGGCAAGGCCUUCAGCAACAAGUCACCUUGCACAGCACCAGCAAAUUCAUACUGGGUAGAAGCCCUGUGAGUGCAGUGUGGCAAGGCCUUCAGCCAUGUGUCACACCUUGCACAGCACCAGGAGAUUCACACUAGUGAGAAGACUUAGUGCAUAGAGUGUGGGAAGGACUUCAGUAGAAAACAACCCUUUCAUAGCACCUGCAGAAUCACACUGGGGGAAAUCCCUAUGAGUGCAUCAAGUGUGGGAAGGCCUUUAGCUACAGGUCACACUUUGCAUGGCACCAGCAGAUUCACACUCGGGAGAAGCCCUAUGAGUGCACAGAGUAUGGGAAGGCCUUCAGCAGCAGAUCAUACCUUGUGUGGCAUCAGUGGAUUCACACUGGGGAGAAGCCAUGGUAUUGCACAGAAUGUGGGAAAGCCUUCAGCCUCAGGUCACAACUUGCACAUCACCAGUAGACUCACACUGGGAAAAAUCCCUGUGAGUGCAUAGGGUGUGGGUAACCCUUCAGCAGUAGGUCACACCUUGCACAGCACCAGCAGAUUCACACAGGGGAGAAGCCCUGUGAGUACAGUGAAUGUGAAUAGGCCUUUACCCACCUCUCUGGUUUUGUCUGGCAUAAGAGGAGCCACACAGGAGAAAAACUUUUUGAGUGCAAGGAGUGUGGGAAAACCUUUUGUGAUCAGCUAGGCUUCAUUCGACACUCCAUCAUCCGCUCGUGAGAGAA